AUGAAGGCAAAAUUAUAUGAUGAAGUGAAAAAUGUGUCAACUCCUGAGAAAUUGACAAAGUUAUCAAACAACCCUAAGGCUCCUUAAAAAAUAUUGGGAACAUCAAAUAAGUUAAAUGAAUCAGAUAUAAAAAAUGUUAAAAGAAAAUUGUUUACAGAUAAAGAAAAUGAAGUGAAUUAUAUUACAAAUUAAUUUAAUUGAAUAAUUUUAUUAUAUGCUAGUCUUAUUACUUUUAAUUAAAUAGUGUAUUUCAGUGACAACACAUUAUGGAUUUUGGUUUCAAUAUUUACCUUUCUCUAAUAUAAAGGCAUCAGGAGAAUUUAUUUUAAAUGACAAAUCUAUCUAUACAGGAUAGAAUGUAAUGGCAAAUUACAAUUUCCAUUCAGAAUAACCAUCAACAAAAUUAUAUAUGUGGAUUUCUUUCAAUUCUCCUAUAUUAAAUAUUACAGUGAAUGAUGAUGGAACAAUUACUAAUUUAACUUAAGAUCCAACAAAUUUUGAAGGAAUUUGGUAUUAUGCUUAUUUUGAGAAUCUAGAGGGAGGAUCAAAGUUAUAUAUAAAAGGUAAUAAAUUGUAGAGUGUUAUUUUAAAUACAAAGAACGUAAUCCCUGUAUUAAAUUAAUAUGGAAAAGUAAUUAAAAAAAUUAAUUUAUUGUUUAGGUGAGUAACUUAAACUUUGAUUAUUUUCAUGGGAAAUACAGUAAAGUGUAAAGUUUCACAAGAUCUCCAUUUAAAGAUGAUAAUGAAUUUGAUUAAUAUUUUAUGGGUAAUUUUAAAAGUCCCUAAUCUUAUAAUAAAACAGUUGUUGAUAUUUUUAAUGGAAUUCAAUUGCUUGGUGAUACAUUUUACUCAACAUAAUUAUCUAUGUUGGGUUAUAAAUAUCAAAUUAGAUGUUGGAUAAAAGUGAGUUAUGAAAAUGUAAUAGAGAGACAGAGAUAUUUAUUAAUGAGAUUGACAUUGAAUGAAAAUUAUCGUAAUGAUAGUUUUUUGGGAGAUAGAGUAUUAUUGAUGAGUUAUAUUUUGGAUCCAAGUUUAAAUAAUUAUAAUUUAUUUAAUGUGAGUGUUUUAGCAUAUCCUUAUCCAUAUCCUUAAUUAGCUUUUUAAACAAAGAGUGCUAAUGUAUUUGUAAUAUAAAAUACUACAAAUAGAGAUAGAUUUUAAAGAUGGCAUUAUAUUUAUUUUUAAUAUUUGGAAGAUAAGACUUAUAUAAAAGUAAUAUAUCCAAAUGAUUAAGAAUUAACUUAAACAUUUAAUGCUUUAUAAUUUCAUGAUUAAUAUGUUUAUUUAUAUGUUGGUGCAGAUAGUUUUUUUUAUAAAAGUUAUUUGGGUGGUAAAAUCUAAUUAGAAAUAACAUAUAAUUAUGAAUAAGAAUUAACAUACAAUAUGAAAUGUCAUUAUUCUUGUUUAACUUGUAAUGGACCAACAGAAAAUGAUUGUAUUACAUGUCCAUUAGAUUCUAAUAGAUAAUGGAAAUAUGGAUUUUGUUAAUGUGAAUUUGGUUUUGUGGAUUAAGAUUUAAAUUAGAAAUGUAAUAAAAUGAAUGAAUUGUAUCCAAUUAUGAAUUAAACUUAUUAAAAUAAUACUUUUAAAUGUAAAUAUGGAGAAUUCUAAAUUGAUAAUAAAUGUAUUUAAUGUCCAAGUUCAGUUAAUGAUUUCCAAUUAAAUUGUGCAGAUUGUUUACUUAAUUCAGCUACAUGGUAUUAGAAUCCAGUUUGCACUUUUGAUUAUAAGAGAUAUUCAUUAAUAUAAACUUAUAUAAGAUAUGAUAGAAAUGAAAGUUAAUAGGAAAUAUUUUAUAUAAAUAGUUAAUUAUAGAAUUUGGAAUUGUGUUAUGGAUGUUUAAAAUAUUGUAAUGAUAUUACAAAAUUAACAUGCAUAGAAUUUAAUUAAUAUUAUUUCAGUUGUAAGGAAGGAUAUUUUGUAUAAGAUAAUAUUUGUAAAAAAUGUAUGGAUAAUUGUAAAACUUGUAAUAGUUCAUAAAUUUGUAAUAAAUGUAUUAAACUUUAUGGAUAUGAUGGUUUUAAAUGUUAGAAAUGUCCAAUUAAUUGUAUUACUUGUAAUUCAACUUUAAAUUGUUUGAAUUGUUAACCAGGUUUUGCAUUAUUUAAUGGUGUAUGUUAUGGAUGUGGUGCCAAAUGUUAAAUAUGUGAAUUCUAUUUCGAUGAAAUUAAAUAAUCAUAUAUUAAUAGAUGUUUAAAAUGUAUAGAUCCUUUAUCUUUUGAAAUAUCAUUUGAUGCUCUUAAAUGUUAAGCAAUUACAAUAAAGAAUUGUCUUUAUAGUAUUUCACAAUAUUAUUUUGUUGAUUAUCCAUAAACUACUAUUGAUUUAUAUUUCUAACCUAUGUAAAUUAGUUCAUUAAUUACUAAUAUUUGUGCUAGAUGUAUUUCUGGAUAUACUUUUUCAAAUGUUUCAUUUGUCUGUUAUAAAUCAUCAUAAAUCUGUUAAGAAUCAGGAUUCUUUAAUGGUACUUUUAGUUGUUUAAUUGGUGGAGAAGUAGCAACAUCAAUAUUAGGUUGUUAAUUAAAAUUACAAAAUUGUUAUGAAUGUGUAAAUUAUCUUAAUAAAGUAAUUUGUUUGAAUUGUUUUCCUGGCUAUUAUGCAGAUCAUAUUGUUGGAAUGUGUAUCUAAUGUCCAAAUCAUUGUUAAUCAUGUUCAUAACAAUUCAAAAAAAAUAAAAGUGAUUGGAAAAAGGAUAUUAGACCAUUCUAUGAAUUUUAUGUUAAUAAAAAUGUUAAUCAUGAUUAUUUGACUUAUGUAGAAUCUAGUAAUCCAAAUGAUUUUGAAGUAAUUUGUACUGGAUGUUAAACAGGAUAUGAAGUAUAUAAUGAUAUUUGUAUUAAUAAAUGUCCAUCAGAUUGUUUAGAAUGUUUAAUUAUUAAUAAUUCUAAAAUCUGUUCUAAAUGUUCAUAUUCAAGUAAUGGAUUAAUACUUAGUAUAAACAAUAAUACAUGUUAUUAAUGUCAUAGUUUAUGUAAAUUUUGUGCUCCAGCAUCAAAUAUUCCUAUUACUUAAUUUACUAAUUAAUGUUUAUUACCUGCUUUUGAAGAUACUCUAUUUGAUUCCAAUAUUUAUUAAUUUAGUAAUUGUCCAGAUGAUUCAGUUUGUUAAAUGAGUAUGUCCAUUACUUUAAACUUAAUUUGUAUAUAAGAUCAUACAUCUUCAAAUGUUUUUGAUAUUCCUUAUAAUUAAGAAUCUGAUUUAUCUUAUGUCUUUUAAUUACUAUAUUCAAAUGGUUUGUUUAAUUAUAUGAAUGAAUAAAAUGUCUAAACAUUAAAUAUUUAUCUUACCACUUAAACUUGUACUUUUCCUAAAAAUUUAGUUAUUUCUUAAGAAUUCUCAGCAAAUGUCUAUACAUUGAAAAAUGUAUCAUUAUAGAUAUUGGGAUUAUCAUUAAAUUCAACUAUUUAUUUUUCAGGAGAUAUCUAUAUAAAAGAAUUUCAUUCUUUUUGGAUUAAAAAUUUGAAUAUUGAUUGUUCUGAUGCUUCUAUUAUAAUUAAUUUUAAUUUAGAUCAAAUUAAUAUUGGAUUUUAUAAUGUAAACUUUUAUGGUAAGGGAUCUAUCCAUUUUGAUUAUAAUCAUUUAAAUACAUUCUCAAUGAUCAAUAUGAAAUUUCAAGGUUUUUAUUUUAAUAAUUUAGAUACUUUAUUAAAAGUAGAAUCAAUUAAAUCAAUCAUUAUUCAAAAUGUUAAAUUAUUAAAUUUGACUUUACAAAAUUCAACUUUAUUUAAAUUUUAAUAUGUAAAUGAAUUAAUUCUAAAUUAAAUUACUGUUGAAUCAAAUUACUUAUAAUAAUCUACAUUAUUUGAAAUUAAUUAAAAAAGUGAAGUUGAAUAAUUCAUUAUAAAAUGGACUUUUUUUCAAGUUUCAUUUGCAUUUAAAGGUUUAGAUCUAAGAUUUAAUAAACUUCAAAUAAUGAUGAAUCAAUUAAUGGAUUCAUCAUAUAUAAGUUAAUCAUCUUAAUUAUAAAUACAAUAUUCACUUUUCGAAGGAAAUUAUAUCACUUAAAAUAGUUAUCUUGUAUAUGUCAAUUAAAAAACUUAGAUAUCUGAUAUAUUAUUAGAUCAUGUAUAAUUUUCUUUGAAUUCUAUUUAUUAUUCUUCAAGUUUUCUUUAUAUGGAAUCAUCAACCUUACUUACAAUUUAAAAUUUAGAAAUGUAUAUGUUUCCAAUAGAAUCUGAUGUAAAUUUUGCAUUUCAAAUCAAAACUAAUUCCUUCAUUUUAUCUGAUAGUAUAAUUAAAAACAAGAAUUAAAUAAGUGCACUAAUUGAAGCUACUAAUUUAGAUCUUUUUAGUUUUUAAAAUAUUACUGUUCAUUAAGAUUAUUAACUAACUGGAUUAUCUGAAAAUUUAAAUUGUAUUUAUCAAUUAGAUUCUAAAAAACCCAUCAUAAAUUUAUUAAAUAUCAAAAAAGUAGAAUUUUAAAUGGUAAAUUUUACUAAUAUUUUCACUUAUAAUCAACCUGUUAUUAAAAUAGGUAGUAACGAAGUCAAUUUUUAAUGUUUGAUUAAUUUUAAUAAUUCUAUAUUUCAAGAUUCAUUAAUCAUCAAAUCUACUAAUAAUAUUACAGUGGCAUUUAUAGUAAUAGAAUCAAAAAAUACUAUUUCUAUCAAUUUUACAAAUUCUUAAUUUUUAAAUACUAUUUAUAAGGAGUAUAUUGGAUUAAAUACUUAUGGAACAUCAGCUAAUAAUCUAUAUUUCUUAAUUCCUUAAGGAUCUGUUUAUUUUUAUAAUAAUUCAUUUAAAUAAAACUUAAUUAUUGGUUCCUUAAAUUCUAAUAUGUAUAUUUAAUGUCGUAAAUUCUUAAUUUAAAAAUGCAAUUUCAUAGAAAUUAAUAUUCUUAAUAAACUAUUUUAUUAAGUACUCUCAUCUAAAUAUUAAGAUUUAUUAUAUAUGGAAUAAUUGGAACAUGAUUAUAAAAUUAAGAGUUAUGGUGGAAUAGCUCAAAUUUAUGUAGAAGAAAUCUAAAUUACUGAUAGUUAUUUUGAAACCUUUAUUGGAUAUAAAGGAGGAUGUAUGUAUGUAAUAACUCUUAAUAAUGGUAUCUUUUCAAUUGUUAAUUCACAGUUCAAGAAUGGAUAAGCUAUUAUUGGAUAACUUGAAAGUCAAGGUGGAUCCUUUAUUAUUGAUAGCAAAGGUUCUAAAUUAAACUUUUAAAUUAUUAAUUGUACUAUUCAAAAUAGUUGGAGUUUUAAUGAAGGAGGAUUUAUUAUGAUAACUUUAUCAGAUUAAUCAUCCAUUAUAUUCUCAAAUGUAUCUAUAACUGAUGCUCAUUCAUUAUAAUCUUCAAUUAUUUCAAUACAAAUUAGUGAUUUUCUAUAAUAAUAAUAUAUAUUAUAAUUGAAGGAUUGUAUUAUUCAAAAUACAAAAAUAGGAUAUUAAAAUUAUAUGAAAUUAAUUUAAAUGAAGGAUCUUAUUUAUUAAUUUACAUUUGACACUUAUGAUUCUGUACUUUUUGAAAUCUAAAAGGGGAUUAUAAGAAUGAAUAAUAUUGUGAUCCAUAAUAUUAUUGGUUAUGGAUUCAUGACUAAUAAGUAGAGUUAUUCAGUUACAUUAGACACUGUGGAUAUUAUUAAUUUUAUUAUUCAAAAAAGACCUUUAAUAUUUUUCGAUCGUUCACUUGGUCCAAUAAUAAUAACAAACAGUCAUUUUCAUGGUGUAUAUUCAAAUUAUACUAAAUAUAUAUGUGUUUAUUCUAAAUUUUAAUUAGAAGAAUUGAAAUCAUAAUGUACUAAUUAAGCAUAUACAUUACCAUCUUAAUUUAAUAGUUAUACUAAAGAAUGUGAUGAAAAUAUCACCAUUUCUUAGGACUAUUAGUUUUAUGAUAUUUUCUAAUUUAAUUAGAUAGAAUCAGAAGUAUAGAUUAAUUCUGUGAUUUUCUCUAAUAUUUAAUGUAAUGAAUGCAAUAUUUUUUAUAUUGAAACAAAUAAUCUUGUUAUAAUUUAACAAACUAAAUUUAUUAAGAAUAUUGGAAACAGUUCUAUUUUAAAUAUUUAAAAGAUUGAUUAAAAUAGAUUACUUUUUACAUAUGCUGAUGAUUUAAUAACAAAAAUUGGUUAAAUUAUAAUUAAAAACACAUAAUUUAUAUAAAAUUAAGGUGUAAAUGGUGGUUGCAUUUAAGCAGUUAGAGUAUCUAUUUCAUGUUACUCAGUAUUAUUUUAAAAUAAUACAGCUAUAAUUGGUGGUGCAAUUUAUUUAAAUAAAGGAUUUUUAGAAAUGACAAAUUCAUAGAUCAUAGGCAACAAAGCAUCAUCUGGAGCAGGAAUAUAUUCUACAAGUCCUUUGACAAUUCAAAAAAAUAGAGGGAAUAUAAUUGUUGAUAAUUAAGAAAGUGGUAUGAAUGGUAAUAUGUAAUCAUAACCAUAAAAAUUAGCAUUAUCUUUAGAUACUUUUAGAGUAUUUGAAAAUAAAAUACUUUAUAGAAAUGAUACAUGUAUAAUUGAAGAAGUUAUUAAUUAAAUAAUGUUGCCAAAUAAUGUGGAAAUAUAAAAUUAUUAAAUUUUAAAUGAAAAUUUGACUGAACAUGGAUUAGGAAAUUAAUUAAGUUAUUUUUCAAAUUUUUAAAUUUACAAUAAUUUAAAUUACAAAUUUAGAUUAAUACCUUUAAAUUCUUUUAAUGAACGAUAAUAUAAUUUAUCAGAUUCUUAAUGUAGUGUUAGAAGUAGAAUGAUUUAGAAUAAUGAUUUAGACUUUUCAGUUGAUUAUUUAUCAAUUGAUAAUGUUUAAUUCAAUAUGACUACAUAAGAUUAUAAUUUAGAUAAUUUAAGAAUACUUAUAAAUGAAGAUUUACAAAUAGAAAUAAAAUGUGAUUCAGUUAAGAUUCCUAUAUAUGAUAGUCAGAAUUAACAUAUUUUACAAUAUCAUGAUAAUUAUUCUAUCAUUAUUAAUGUAAAAUCUUUCCCAUGUUAAAGAGGUGAAAUCUUGACUAAAUCAAUGUGUACAUAAUGUGUAUCUUAAACAUAUUCUUUAAAAGAGAAUAGUAUUAAGUGUUCAAUAGGAGAUUAAGAAAUGAUAGAAAAUGUUAUACCAUCAAAUAUUGAAAUAAAACCUACAUAUUGGAGACCAUAUUAUGACAAUGAUGAAAUCUACCCAUGUAUCAUAAGUCCUGAUAAAUGUUUAGGUGGUUGGGCUGCAGGACCUGAUUCAUGUAUAUAAGGUAGUUUUGGAGCAUUAUGUGAAACUUGUGAUAUUUAUGAUAUUAGGGGAUAAGGAUUAUUUUUUAAAUCAAAUAUGAAUUGCUUUUAAUGUUAAGAUUCAAAUCUUGCUUACUUAUCUUUAUUAAUUGUAGGUUUAUGGACAAUGAUUUCAAUGGUAAUAUCAGUAAAUAGUUCAUUAGAGAAUUUGAAAUUGGAAUUAUUAAGAACUAAAUUGAAAAGAGGAGGAUUGAAAACUUAUUCAGAAUAAUAAGAAUCAAGUUCUAUGUAUAAGAUGAUGUUCCAUUAUUUAUAAAUAAUAUCUACUUUAACUACUUUUUAAUUAUAAUUUCCAAAUUUGGUAAGUAUAGCAAUAAGUAGUGUAGGUUCUCCAACAAAAUCUUUAGAAAAUUCUAUUGAUUGUUUUUUAAUGACAUUACCUAUAGAUAUUUUACAUUCACGAAUAAUUUGGAUUAUAUUGGCACCACUCUUAUAUUUAUGUUUCGUAUUUUUCAUAUAUGUGUUUAUAAUAAUGGCAAGAAAAUAAAACUAUAAAUAAAGUGUAUCAGCUAUCAUUUUACUUUAAACUUUCGUUACUAUGUAACCAAGUAUGAUUGGAGUUUUGAUAUCAAUAUUAGGAUUUCGUUAGAUUUCAGGAUAUUAUUGGGUAAUUGGUGAUGUUUCUUAUAGAUAUGAUAAAAAUUUCUAUAUUUCCUCUCUAAUGGCUUUUCCAAUUUUAUUUACAUUAUCUAUUAUAAUUCCAUUUCUAAUGUUUAUGAAAAUCUAUAAAAAUAAAAAUAACUUAAAUAAAAUUAAAUCAACUUGGGGAUAUUUAUUUUCUGAAUUUAAUGAAAAUGCUUAUUUUUGGGAGAUAGUAAGAUUGGGAAUGAAGAAUUUAGUUAUUAUUAUAAUUACUUUAUUUGAUCAAUAUAUAGUACUUAAAGCUACAAUGGUAUUUUUAUUGAUUCAAGGAUAUUAAUAAUUAACAAAAUCAUAUUAACCUUUUAAAACUAAGAAUUUAAAUUAAAUGGAAGAUUUUGGAUCAAAAGUAUUAUCAAUUAGUGUUGUUUUAGGAGCAUCCUCAUAUUAAAUGUUAUAAACUGUUAUGAGAAAUUAUAUCUACAUAUUCUAUGUUAUUAUUUUGGAAGUCAAUUGCACAUUUUUAUAUUAUAUCUUUAGCAAAAUUAUUUAAGAAUAUACUUACAAAAAUCAAAUUCUAAUUAACAAAAUUAAAGAUUAUAUAAAAUUAAAAUUCCCUCUUCUUAUAAGAUUACCAUUUUGUAAAGAUAUCUUUUCUUCAAAAUAAAUUAAUGCAUCUUCAAUUAAAUUUAAAAAAAUUGCUAGAACACUUAAAGAAUCCAUUUAAUCUUAAAGAAAAAAGAACUUUUUGGAUUUAUAAUAAGAUGAAUCAGUAAUUUAAAUAUAAAGUCCUGAUCAUCUCUUUAAAUCUCAUGAUCCCCUUUUUAAAUCAAAAGAUUAAAAACAAGGUAUAAAUUGUUCUGGAUCAAUUUUAUUAUUUACUGAUCAAAGAGAAUCAAAAUUACAUAGUAGAAUGAUAACAGACAGAUAUGGAUUAUAAAAAAGUAAUGGGGGCCAUUUUUUAUGA